UCCUGCAAGUAGAGUUCUUGAGAGCGAUUCAAGUUAGUUGAUCUCGAAAAGAGCGUUUCUCGAUUUCUAUAAGAAGAAUGCCGUCGAGUUUCUACGAGAAUGACACUGGCAGCGAGAGUUUUAGCAGCAGCAGCACGAAAUUCAGCUCCAUUCCCGCCAGCUCUAAUACCAGCGAUGCCGAUCGAUCAUCUGGACGAGAGUCAUGGUCUCUGAAAAGAAGCCUCAAUCGUAUUCACAAUUCUAGAACAACUCGAGGAGCCGAAGGAGGAGGAGAAGUCGAAGAUCAAGCUCGCGAACAAUUUCGCCACGCCUCUUAUUCCUGCCUGGGUUCUUUCCGGGCUCCACAAGGUCCCAUUUUCUCUCUUUGCUGGGCUGGGAAAGAUCUAGAUCAUGGGCUUUUGCUCGCUGGCUCCCAGGACAGCCAUAUCAGUCUGUGGCAGUGCUUCCACCGAUCAGAGAAUGAAGGAGCUUUGAUCCACUUAUCGGACUUCGCCAAGCUUGGAGAUGGUGGCUGCGUCAAGUCCCUCCUCCAAAUCACCCACAGAGGCAGAGCACUCUUCCUCAGCGCUCACCAGGACAACAAGAUCCGCGUCUGGAAGACAGUCGAGCUUCUCAAGAUCAACGAAUUCGACUCCAUCGCCAAGAACAGCAACAGAUCAUUCACGAUGAAGCUCCUGGCGACGCUGCCCCGGGCCAGAGACGUCGCGAGGUCGUGUAUGUUUCCCGCGAGGUAUGUUCGCGUUCGUCGCCACAAGACUUGCCUGUGGCUCCAGCACACGGACACGAUCUCGUCGCUCGCGAGCUCUCACGACGGAUCUCUCGCCUUCUCGAGCUCCUGGGAUCGCAGCGUCAAGGUCUGGAAGGUCUCCGACCUGCGAUGCCUGCAAUCCUUCCGAGCUCACGACGACGCGAUCAAUGCGCUGGUUGCGUCGCCGGAGGGAUUUCUCUACACGGGAUCCGCGGACUCGACGAUCAGGGUGUGGAAGAAAGGGGGAAGCGAUAGGAAGAAGAAUUUUGCGCUGCUCGGCACACUGUUCCACGAGACGCUAUCAAAGAGCGCUCGCAAUGGCUCUACUGCAGUGAACGCGCUGGUUCUUGGGGGCGAGUUUCUCUACGCUGGACUCUCGGAUUCCACAAUUGCGGUGUGGGAGAAAUCGCUAGCAGUGGUUGUUCUUGGCGAUCGCGAUCGCGAUCACGAUGAUCCGUACAUGAGUUGCGUGGAAAGAUUGCGAGGGCACCGUGGAGCGGUGCUGUGCCUGGGACGCGCCGGGGAAUUACUGUGCAGUGGAUCCGCGGACGCGACCGUGAGGAUCUGGAGUGGAGGGCUCGGUGGUCACUGUUGCCUGGGAGUUUUGAAAGGGCAUACGGGACCGAUCAAGUCGCUCGUGGUCGUGGCCAUGGAUCCGCGAGAGAAGAACGAUGAUAUCGCGGAAGAAGAUCGCAGAGAGGGAGACGAAGAGCGCGCGUUUUGUAUCUAUAGUGGAGGUCUGGAUCGGCAAAUCCGAGCGUGGAAGGUGCGCGCAUUCUAAUUCUACCCUGGACCAACGUUUGACAAGUGUUUGACUGGAAUGAAUAUUCGUUUAAAAUAGAUUUGGCAUCCUCUUUAAGAUGAAAGAAUAUUCAAGAGUAUACUUGAAUAUACUAGGUAU